CUCCACCCAGCCUGACUCCUGGAACCCUCAGAAACCAAAGACCAGAGGACUCUCCAUCCACCAGCUGGACACCUCCUCCCCAUUGCCAGCCCCCACCCCCUGGCUGCUCCCGUCCCGGAAAGGCCUGGAGGAAGAGGCCAAGGAAACAGCCCUGCCCACUCUCCCUUGACCCUCCAUCCACCCAGCACCGACAUCUGAAGACCUCAUGGCCCAGGCUCCCUGGGGAUGCUACCCCUGGCUUGUCCUCCUCUGUGCUUGUGCCUGGGGCCACCCAAAGUCACUGGACCUGAGAGAGGAUGUGAGAAACUGUUCAAUCAGCCCUCCGUACCUUCCAGUUACUGUGGUCAAUACCACAGCACAGCUCACAGCCCUCCGCCAGCAGAUGCACACCCGGAAUAUCUCUGCCUACAUCGUCCCCGACACGGAUGCCCACAUGAGCGAGUACAUCGGCGACUAUGACAAGAGGCGUGCGUGGAUUACAGGCUUUACAGGGUCUGCAGGAAUCGCCGUGGUGACCAUGGGGAAAGCCGCCCUCUGGACCGACAGCCGCUACUGGACCCAGGCUGAGCGACAGAUGGACUGCAACUGGGAGCUCCAUAAGGAAGUUGGCACCACUCCUGUUGUCACCUGGCUCCUCACCGAGAUUCCUGUUGGAGGGCGUGUGGGCUUCGACCCCUUCCUCUUCUCCAUCAAUUCCUGGGAGAGUUAUAACGUGGCCCUCCGAGACUCUGACAGAGAGCUGGUGUCCAUCACCGUCAACCUUGUGGACCUGCUGUGGGGGUCAGAGAGGCCUCCGGUGCCAAGUGAGCCCAUCUAUGCCCUGCAGGAGGCAUUCACAGGAAGCAGCUGGCAGGAGAAAGUAUCUGGCAUCCGCAGCCAGAUGCAGAAGCAUCGUGAGGCCCCGACUGCCGUGCUUCUGUCUGCACUUGAUGAGACGGCCUGGCUCUUCAACCUUCGCAGCAGUGACAUCCCUUAUAACCCCUUCUUCUAUUCCUACACGCUGCUCACUGACUCCUCCAUCAGGUUAUUUGCGAACAAGAGUCGCUUUAGCUCCGAGACCCUGCAGUACCUGAACUCUAGCUGCACGCGUUCCAUGUGUGUGCAACUCGAAGAUUACGGCCAAGUCCGUGACAGCGUCCGGGCUUACACCUCAGGAGUCGUGAAGAUCUGGAUCGGGACCAGCUACACCUCGUAUGGGCUCUAUGAAGUGAUACCCAAGGAGAAACUCAUAGCAGACACGUACUCCCCAGUGAUGGUAACCAAGGCGGUGAAAAACAGCAAGGAGCAGACCCUCCUCAGGGCCAGCCAUGUGCGGGACGCUGUGGCUGUGAUCCGAUACUUGGUCUGGCUGGAGAAGAACGUGCCCAAAGGCACCGUGGAUGAGUUCUCAGGGGCAGAGCUGCUGGAGAAGUUCCGAGGAGAAGAAGAGUUCUUCUCCGGAUCCAGUUUUGAAACCAUCUCUGCUAGUGGCCUGAAUGCUGCCCUGGCCCACUACAGCCCCACCAAGGAGCUGCACCGCAAGCUGUCCUCAGAUGAGAUGUACCUGGUGGAUUCCGGGGGACAAUACUGGGACGGGACAACAGACAUCACCAGAACAGUCCACUGGGGCACCCCCUCUGCUUUCCAAAAGGAGGCGUAUACCCGCGUGUUGAUAGGAAACAUUGAUCUCUCCAGACUCGUCUUCCCAGCUGCUACAUCAGGGCGAAUGGUGGAGGCCUUUGCCCGCAGAGCCCUGUGGGAUGUUGGCCUCAAUUAUGGUCAUGGGACAGGCCACGGCAUUGGCAACUUCCUGUGUGUGCACGAAUGGCCAGUGGGAUUCCAGUCUGGCAACAUUGCCAUGGCCAAGGGCAUGUUCACUUCCAUCGAGCCUGGUUACUAUCAGGAUGGAGAAUUUGGGAUCCGUCUUGAAGAUGUGGCCCUCGUGGUAGAAGCAAAGACCAAGUACCCAGGGACCUACCUGACAUUUGAAGUGGUGUCGUUGGUGCCCUAUGACCGGAACCUCAUCGAUGUCAGCCUGCUGUCCCCCGAGCAGCUCCAGUACCUGAACCGCUACUACCAGACCAUCCGCGAGAAGGUGGGCCCCGAGCUCCAGCGACGCCAGCUGCUGGAGGAGUUCUCCUGGCUGCAGCAGCACACGGAGCCCCUGGUCGCCAGGGCAGCGCCCACCGCCUCCUUGGCCCCUCUGAUGACAGUCUCUGCUCUCACCAUCCUCAGCUGGAGUGUCUAGCAGCUCGAGACUCCCCUCCUGACCCUCUCACUCAGCUCCCCUCACCCCCCAACCCGUGCCCCAAGAGCCCCUGCUGACCCAUUGCUUGGAAACCACCGCCCUUAGCCUCCUUCUGCAGGGCCAAGCCCUAGGGGUGCAGGGCU